UCCCCCGACGCUUGCACCUUGCAGCUCCUCCCCCCUCUCCCUGGAAUCUCAUCACCACGGGUCUCGCCGCUAGCGCUGGCGCAACGCACUCGGACCUCGCACGCUUUCCUGGUUACAACAACCACCAUCUGGACGCCAUCCAUCACUUACGGGAGUCGUGUCUUCAUCUCGUAGUGACUGUUGUCAAAUUUUGACAUCAUGACGAUGGUGGCGCGUCCACCUUAUGGUGUUGCGGCAGCGGUCACCACGAUCUCCGUCUCCAGCACCGUCCGUCCUGCAGGGCUCAGAAACUGUAGUUUAGGGUUUCGCAAUGCUGCUGGGUUGCGGACGAGUUUCAAAUUGGUACGCAGGGAUAGUUGUGGAAGGGAUCGGUAUCAAGGUGAUCAGGGCAGCAGGCGUCAAGUAGUGCAACCCAGGGCCGAGCUCAAUGACAAUCAGAAGGAGAGUCUGCAACUCUAUGGCCAGAUUGAGAGGGUGAUUGCAGAUACAGCUAAGCGCACUAGCGGUGGCAACAUGGACCCAGGAAGAUGGCAAGAUAUUCAGGGCGCGUGGGUUCUGACACCAAGUAGGAAGGAAGCUGUGGCCGUGAUGCACUUUAUAGGAGGAGUGUUUGUAGGAGCAACACCCCAGUUGACAUACCGUUUGUUCCUCGAACGUCUUUGUGAAAGAGGGUUUGUUAUAGUUGCAACGCCGUACGCUAGUGGGUUUGAUCACUUGAGAAUCGCCGAUGAGGCCCAAUUCAAGUUUGACCGUUGUAUGCGAGCUUUAAUGGAUGACUCCAAGUAUCGACCAUUGGUCGAGAACCUACCUGUUUAUGGAGUUGGACACUCACUUGGAGCAUUAACCCACCUUCUGAUAGGAGCUAGAUAUGCUGUCCAGCGGAAAGGCAAUGUAAUAAUUUCGUUUAACAACAGGUCAGCAAGUGAUGCAAUUCCGUUCCUAUCGCCCAUGGUAGCACCUAUGACUCAAAACCUUGGCCCACUACUAGCACAGCUCACUUCAUCACCAGCUGUUCGCCUCGGAGCAGAAGUUGCAUUGAGUCGGUUGAAAGAGUUUGGGAACGUAAGCCCGCCUGUGGUGAAGCAAGUCUUGCCGUUCUUGGAACAACUACUCCCUCUCUACGAGGACUUCGCGAAUGGAAAGGACCAAUUUACACCUGCCCCUGGAGAGACUGAUCGCUUGAUAAAAUCAUAUUAUGGAGUUCAGCGAAAUUUACUGAUCAAGUUCAAGGAUGACACUAUUGAUGAGACGCCUCGGUUGGCACAAAUUUUGGUCCAAAAAUCAGCAGUGAGCGCUUUCCUUGACCUCACGUUACGAGCUUUACCUGGGGAUCAUGCUCGCCCUUGCCUUCAGGUUUUCCCGGAACUGCCCGACGAGCUGACCAGUACUCUAAACCGAGGCACUGAGAUGUUUUCGAGUAUAGCAGCUGGCACCCCAUGGGCGGAUCUCGCAAAAGGGUUCGGAACAAAUCCUGCAGCCCAACGCCUCCGAUCUGAAACAAUUGCCAACAUUGAGAGCCUAGUAGAUGAAAUAGCGAUCUGGGUGUCUGCCUCUCCCAAAGACCGGCCACUGUUGAAGGAGUACACGAACUGAGGCCACGUGCUGUGUAGUAGCUCGGUUCUACCCUUUCCUGAUACAAGUGAUUUAUAUCAAAUGAUAUACUCAUGCCAUUUGGAAUGAGCACAAAGUUGUACAGAUUCCUAUACCAAGCGUUUAAUCCGUAGAUCCAAGCACACGAUUGUAACCUGUAAUUUGAAUUGUACAUUUUUUUGUAGGAAAAAAAGGGUCAGAUUCACUUUCA